ACACACAUAUAUAUAUAUGUGUGUGUGUACGUGCAUAUAUAUGUAUGUUUUGCUUAUUUUUAAAAAUUGCAAUGAGUUAUUUUUCAAAACUGUGAAAUUUUUGUAUAUUCUCUCGGAAUCAAAAUUCUCAGACAAUUUGUUAUUACAUUCUUCGAUAUCUUUCUUUACGAUGUUGCCCAGCGAAUAGUUAUGCAUAAUUCAGUGAUACGUUUUAGAUGCGUAAAAUAAGUAGAGCGUCUGCUUUUCGAAAAAGACGCUCAUUGUAACGAAAUAUAAUUACAUAAUGAUGCUACUACCAAGCCAUAAAGCACGUCCACUUUGCUCCUAUUUCGCGUGCACCAUAUUUUUUUAUUGAUUAAUUUAUUUUUUUUUUGUACAAAGAGAAGAGAGCUCCGAUACAAAAGGGCCCGAUGUUUGUCCACAACGAGCGAUCAUUGAAAAUCACUCGUCCGAUGUGUAUGUCUGUGUGUGUGUAUGUGUAUUUUUUUUUAUACACCGCGCGAAUACGCGUGUAAAGACACGAAUACUUUGUAAAUAGACAGCUUGCUCUUGUUUUAUUGAUUAUCCUAUAUACAUCCAAUUUCCCUACGAAUCCACAUAUAGUUUGUUAAUAAUAUCGUUCCAAAUAUUUCAUAAAAUGAAGAGAUUAUCGAAAAUGAUUAAAUUGAAGAUAAUUAUAAUCUUUAAAUCUUAUCUUCGAUAAGCCAUCAUCGAAUUUAUCGAGAGAAAAGUACUUCCGUCGAAUAUCGGACGUAAUAUCUCUACCUACAUAUCAUGAUUUCUAUAACGGAGAAACGAAUACGUAUGAGGGAAUUAGGCAUCGACCACUAAGUAGGAUUAUGGUUAUGUAAAUGAAAGACUAUCGCUUAGUUCAACCUCGGUGUAGGUAGUUAGCACUGUCCGUUUAAAACCAUUACUCUCUCGCUUUCUACGAACUUUACACGCCUAUUUUCCUUUUUCUUUAACUUCUCACUACAUUCGAGACAUCUAAAGAUAACUCAAGAAUUGUUAUGGAAAUAAUGAUGAAUUUUCAUUGAGGAAUACUUUAUUAUUUAUCCUCUUUUAUUUUUACCAGAAGAUAAAAAUAUUUAUUCUUGGAUUGCCUUGACCGCGAUAAGUUGAACAAGAUAAAGUCGGACUGUUUUAUUUUUACUUGGACCAAAAAUAUGUCGAGGAUAUCGAGAGGAAGAGAAAAAAGAGAGUAAAAGAUGUUCGUCUUUGAUUAUGCGCAUCGCUACGUCAGCACCACGGUGUUGUCGAACGAUUCACACGAAGAAUCGUAUUGGCCAAUACGAUCAACUACAUCGACAAAACGAAUGAAAAAUCGUACGUACUGUGAUUGUUACUGGGGGGGAAAAAGUAACGCAUUUCGUGUGGCACUCGAAUGGAAGCUGACUUCUUCACUUUGUUUCCCGUUGUCUCGUUACGGCCUCGCCGAGUCAGAGGAAGAAGAAGAAGAAAACGGAAAGGAUGAGGAAAAGGAAGGAGUUACGAGGACCAGGUUGUCUCUCUCAAAAAGGGCUUCUGGUCGUAUAAGAGAAUAUAGAGACGAGUAUAGUGGUCGUAAGAGAAGGAUAGAAGAAGUUCCGUCGAGGAAAACGAAGACGAUGAGGACUUCCACGGCGAAAGGGAUUACAUCGAAGACGACGACGAAGGUCGGGGAUGAGAAAGACAAAGGCCGAUCUGGCGUUGCUGUUGGCGACGAGCCGAACUUCGUUUUAAGCGUCGAGCAGCUCAUCGAGCGCGUUCAGCGAGACGAGAGAGCGUCGAUUCUGCGGUGAAUGGAGAAAGGUGAAAGGAAACGUUUAAUAAGAUGAUUUCGAUGACCUCACGGUAGAAGGUACGACCUUCUUGUAUUGAACUUAAUCUGGAUCAAGAUUUUUAAUACAUUGAAUUUACAAAUAAACGUAU